UAGCCGCUUGUUUCGUCGCCAAACCACAGCCACUCACUCAAUUUCACCACCUACUCAAAUUCACCACCCACUCACUCAAAUUCACCACUCAAAUUCACCCAUCUGCUCAAAAUCUGUACACCUUCCAAAUCCCAACCAAGCAAGCCUCCAUCCAUGGCCGCUAGCUUGAGCUUCAUCGUUGGGAUUAUAGGCAAUGUAAUCUCUAUUCUGGUUUUCCUAUCUCCCAUAGGGACAUUCCGGCGAGUGGUGAAGAAGAAAUCGACCGAGAAUUACAAAGGGCUUCCCUACAUCGCCACCCUACUGAGCACAAGCCUGUGGUCUUUCUACGGGCUUCUGAAGCCAGAUGGCUUUCUUGUCGUUACUGUCAACGCCGCCGGUACUGUCCUGCAGUUCAUCUAUGUCGCCCUCUUUCUCAUCUAUGCUCCAAAGAAGACAAAAGUUCAACAUGUGAAGUUGGUGGCAGCGCUGGACAUUGGGUUUCUGGGGGGAGUGAUAGUGGUGGCUCUGCUAGCAAUCCAUGGAAGCCUCAGGCUUACAUUUGUGGGGGUUGUGUGUUCAGCUUUCUCUCUAGGGAUGUAUGCUGCACCUCUAUCAGCCAUGAGGAUGGUGAUAAAGAGCAAGAGCGUGGAGUUCAUGCCGUUUUUCCUCUCGUUUUUCCUCUUCCUCAACGGAGGUGUUUGGUCCCUCUACUCUGUGCUGGUCAAGGACUAUUACAUCGCUGUACCAAAUGUAAUUGGGUUGGGACUGGGCACGGCCCAACUGGUGGUCUACACCAUCUACAAGAACAAGUCAAUCUUGAAGGAAGAACAAGAAGAAGGCUCGGCCCACCUUGUCAAAGCCGCCGACAUUGAGAUGCAAGGACUUGACGAAGACGAAGACGGCGGCAUGAAGAAGAAUGGAAACCGCAGCCUCAACAAGGGAUGGAGCCUUCCGAAGCCGCCGCUUUCACAGCAUUUCAGCGUCAACAAGUUCAUCAAAGCACUCUCUUGGGGACCCUAUGAGCUCCGUUCUGCUUCGGCCCUUGAGAGUGACGAUGACAAUGGCAUCACCGCCAAACAUCACCGUUGAUUCCAAACCAAUCCACCCCACCCAAGCCAUCGCCAUCUAUUAAGAGGUUGUUUGGCAUAUCCUGUUUUUUUAAAGAGUUUGUAACCCUUUAUACUUAUAUGUUGUGUUAACGUUAAAAAUUUGAUAGCAGUUAAAUUAAUAACAUGUUUG